AUGCGCCGCGUGCAAAAGUUUAUCGGCGUGGCCGACGCCAAGCCGGCAUCGGCGCCGCUCCCGUCGCCUUCGAGCACCGCCAGGCACGCCAACACCGGCGAGAGCGGCAGCAGCGGAUCUCUCAGCUACGACUCGCAGCAUGCCAACACGGCCACUGCUGGGUCCAACCUCCAGGUGCCCGCAGGGACACCGGGCAUCUACCAGAACCAGCCCACCGCCCCAAGUGGCUCCGUGCAAUCGCCCUCGUCAAUGCGCGGAUCCAACCCGCCCAGCCCCUCGAUGCACAACCGUGCAUCCGUCGCCCAGCCGCCGUACGGUGACUACUUUGCCGCAGCGCGGACCAGCGGAGCGACCUCGCCCGUCCCAUCGGCUGGUCCGAUGCAGACGCCAAGGCCCAUCACGCCCGUCCUGCCUUCGGGCGCUCCGUCGCCGGGCCUCGGUCCGACCAUGCCCACGUGGGCGCAGUCUGCGACCGCCGGCGAGGCCCUGGCCAUCGAGAGGGCCGACCUGCACAAGACGCUCAAGGCGCUCGAGGGCCUCUUGGUCAACCUUGACGAGUACCGCGACCUCGCCGCUCGGAUGGCCAAGGCCGAAAAGAAGCUGGCAAGGAGCGCCAGCGAGCUGGCCAAGGUCAAGUCGGUGCAGCGCGCCCCCUCGGCCACGCUCGCCGUGGCCUCGACCAUGUUCGACUCGCUCAACGAGGUCUCCUCCAAGCACGCCAAGCUCGUCCAGCGCGAGUACGAGUCGCUCAACGAGUCCUGCGCAAAGUACUUCAAAAAGGUGGCCAAAGAGGAGCGCGCCCACGAGGAGCUCGUAGACUCGCUCGACGCCAAGAUCAAGAAGGCCAACGCCGCCCACGAAAAGAACGCCAAGAAGGCCUCGAGCAGCAAGGCGCUCGAGAGCCACGACAAGUAUAUCGCCACCGUCCAGGCUUUGACGGCCGACAUCAGCCGCGCGCGUCAGGCCCACUGGCGCUCGAUGGCCGUCAAGAGCCACUCUGCCUCGCUCGUCGCCGCAAGCACAUUGGGCGGCCUCGCCGACGUCGACUUCCGCACCCGCUGCGAGACGGUCCGCCGCGUCGGCCCGCAUGUCGGCAAGCUCAACGAGUGGCUCAGCUUCACCAGCUCAGAGGCCAUGCCGGCGCUGCAGCCGGCCGACCUGGACGAGAAUGAGGUGCUCCACGCGCAGUUCCUGGCCAACGCCGAGGCGCAGAUGCAGGCGUACGCGGACGCCCAGGCAGAGGCACAGGCCCGGAUGCAGGAGGAGGCGCAGACCGCCAUCCGCGCCCAGCAGAUGGGUUGGCGGCCGCCGUCUGCGGCGAGCCAGCGGCCCGAGGAGCCCACGGCCACGACGCUGGCCAACCUGCCCAAGCUCGAUGAGAGCGGCCGUUUGAUCGAGCAGACGCCUGCUGCAGCCCAUGCGGAUGAAACACAGCCCUCCUCCGACCGAGCGUCGGUCCGGAAUGUCGGCAGCGCCAGGGACGGCGACGCAGCUUCCGUCAGAAGUCAGGCUGCAUCCAUCCAGCCAUCGCAGGCUAGAGCUACGCCCGCGCCUGCCGCCUCCAACAGCGACAGACCAUCCAGGGAACAUCUGGCAGAGAUGCAGCCAAUCGAGAGCAAGCCGGUAGCAGAAGCAGAGGCAGCCGCCACCACGACGGCGAGCACCCCUCCGCAGGACACGCUCAACGUUGCGGCAAAGGGAAGCAGCAACAGCGGCGUGCGCCUUGACCGAGCACCUACGGGCUCGACGAUGAAGUCGAUGGCGGUGCAGGCCGAGAGCUGGGAACACAGCAGCCUGGCCGGCGAGGACCAAGGGCAAGGCCAGGGCGAAAGCGGAGGCGAGGGCGAGGGCGAGAAAGGCCACGACGGAGCUGAACACCAGCAUCUCGAGCAGCAACAUCAGGCGGACGGGGACGACGAAUCGAGCCGCUCCGUCCACGGCCGGAAGGAUUCCUCGACUGCCGAGGGGACCGUCGUCGAUCGCCUCUCUGCACCGACUGACGGAUCCGAUGCGACCAUGCCGAGCCUCAGCCGAAGCGGGAGCGCAAAAGGAUCCGAAGACGGCGUCAGGGCGCCUAGGACGCCGCUCGACGGCGAGGACCUCCGCUCCAGCACCGCCGUCGGCGUCGCCGAGUCGGACCGUCGCAGGGACGGUGCCGACGAGGGGCAGAGACGAGAUACAGCCAGCCCAAGCAAGACUCGGCCGGCCGAGCGGGCACUGGACCGCUACAAGACACUCGGACACGACGCCGAUUCGACGCCGCGAUACCCGUCGGACCUCCGCCGGGUCGAUGAGCCGAUGGCCUACGAUCAAGACCCUGGAGCGGGCCAGGACGAGUAUUCGCGGGCGCGCAAGAUCAGCCUCUGGGAGCGAGAGCGCGAGCGCAUGCGGCAGCUCGAGCGCGAAACCGAGCUGCAAAUGAGGCUGAGGGAGGAGCAGCUGGUGCGCUCCGAGCCGCCAUACGCAGCCUACGCCUCGACGGGGCCGGCGGCGGGAUCGGGGCCAUCGUCCUCGUUUUCGUCACGGCCAACUUCCAGCCUGUACGGCGGCGGGCGCGCCCUGCCAUUCGCUGUUGGCGAGAGCGCGGAGGCCUAUGGCAGAGGCCCCAACGGCGGUCCGGGCGGCAUGUCGAGCGAGCCCUACGACCCAGACCGAUACGCGCCAGCAGUGGGCCGCAGCCGACUUUCGGGCGUCAGCGUCAGCCGUACGCUCAGCACGGAUACGACGGCGAGCGAGCGAAGCUUUGUGGCGCGGAUGAAGGCGAGGUACCAGGAGGAGAAGGAGCUCGAGAGGUCGCAGCGGGAGCUGAAUGCCCUCGAGAGGGAGAAGGCGGCGAGGAGGAUGGCGCUGCCUCCCAACACCGACCUGUCGGUGGCGGGAUCGAGGCGCGUCUCGGAGAUGGCUUCGCGCUACAUGGGCAGCGAUUCGAUGAGCUACGGCGGGGGCAGCGUCAGCAGCGGACGGCAGCAGGCUCCUCCGCUCUCGUCGCGCACCUACGACGCGAGCAUGCCGAUGCGGAGGUACCACGACAGCCUGCCGAGCUCGAGCAGCCUCGGAGGGGCUCGGAACCUGGCAUCGCCCCAGCCGGCGCACCCGCAGCCCAGCGAGUUUGGCAGCUACCGCGAUCCGGCGCCACGGGGCAAUCGGCCCUCGCUGCCACCUCAGCCUUCGCAGUCGCCGAUCGACAACGAGCCGCCGCACUCGGACGUGUGCGGGUGUCAGCGGUGCUCGGUUCGUCACUACGGUUCGGGUGGCGGCACUGGCGCAGCAUCUUCGCAGCAGCAGCAGCAGCAGCAGCAGCAGCAGCAACGGCCGCCUCCCUCCCGCUCCGCCGGUCAGGAUCCGCGCGAGUUCAACCAGAGGCGGCAGAGCAUGCCGGUCCGGGCGCAGGGCGAUCUGCGCCCGCCGCAGUACGGCAGCGCGGGCGAGUACGCGCGGCAGAGCUACGAGGACCUGCGCGGCGGCCAGGAGAGGAAGGUCGCCUUUGCACAUACCCCACAGACGAUCCGCUAG